ACAUUCCUUUCUAAAUUUACAUUCCUUUAUUUUUCCCUUUUUAUAAUCAUGUCCGAAUCAACUCCCCCUCUUAGUUCAGAUGACUCCAAGAAACGUACUCGUGUUACGCCAUCUCAGCUUACCAUUCUAGAAGAAACCUUCAAUGUGAGUGCCACACCCGACUCAAAGAUGCGAAAACAAUUAGCUUUCAAGUUACAAAUGCCAGAAAGAUCCAUUCAAAUCUGGUUUCAAAAUAGAAGAGCUAAAGUAAAGAUGUUGCAAAGAAGAGUUUUGUUGCGUCAAGAACAGGAGGCUGCAAGAGCAAGAUUAUGUGCUGAAGCAACAUCUCAUCACGGUACUGGUAAUUAUUCUUAUUGGUAUGCUCAGCAACAGCAACAACAACAACAACAACAACAACAACAAUUGCUUCAACAGCAACAACAUUUUAAUAUGAAUAGACACUUACAUAGUGCCAAAUUACCUAUUCAUCGUGCUUGGAGCACUGAUAUGAUUAUUCCUCCUCCUCCUCCUCCACCUUCCUCCAUUUUUCAUUAUCCUCACCAUCAACCCCAGAGUGAUCCUCCUUCCAUCUCAGUCACUGGUCCUAACGAUUUAGAUGAAGACAUCUAUAGUUUGACUAUCUCACCUUCUCCUACACCCCAAUCCUUUGCUGCUUCACGUCGAAUGGAGAGUGAACCACCUUUGCAUAGUAAUAAUAACACGGGUUUAAUUACUGCCACAGCUGUUACAGUCGGAUCCUGGCAUAGAAUGAAAAUCAGUCAACAAGACUUGAUGUGUUAUUAUAAAUUAAGUGAGCGUUCAUUUUCGUGGCAUAUUCGUGACAGUAAUUAUCAUUUCAAGAUGAUGAUAUCAUUUGACAGUAUUGCAUCCAUUGAAUUAAAUGUACUAGAAGACAAUAUUUCAGCUCAAAUUGAUAUGGAUUUAAUUGAACCUCCUAUUUUCUUUAUGGAAAAUACAGCCACAUCUUGGGUUCAAUGUAGUGAUUUCACUGAAGGCAUGCAAGCUUCUGUUGUACUACGUCACACGGUUCGUGGCUUAGCUGCGGAUCUUCGACAAGAGUUGUUGGCCAUUGCUGGGAUGGAUGAACGAUUAUGUCAAAUUACACGAUUUCCUGCUGUAGAUACCUAUCAACAACAAACAUCAAUUGAGCAGGCUCUAUUGAUGUCCCAACAACAUCAUCAACAAAGUUGGAGGCAUCAAAGUUUACCUCUUUCCAAUGUUAAAGAUUAUUGGGUACCUCCACCUUAUCCCAUCUAAAUCAAUUUACAACUAUUUUUUUUUCUUUUUUUUUUAUAUAUAUAUAUCUUAUCCCCCAAACCCCACAUAUAUAUUAGACCUCUCUUUUUUUUUUUACUCAUUUUUUAUUUCUAUAUUUUUACAUAUAUAUUGUAUAUAUCUUAUACAUUUUUAUUAAAUUAUCCCUCGAUUUUUGUCACAACU